AUGUCAAUGCACACCUCUCUCCGCCGCACAGCGGUCACAAUCACCAACUCAACAACCACCAUCCUCCCUACAAGACUACCCACGAGCGGCACAACCUUCAUCUGCUCGCAAUGCCGACACGCCACUCUCCUCCGCCGCCCCAAGCGCCCCUACACCUUUACACAGCUCAUCACGCUUUCGGACGGCAGCACCUUCACGCACCGCACGACCUCGCCGGCCCCGAUCUACCGCUCCACGCGCGACACACGCAACUCCAUCCUCUGGAACCCGUCCAGCAGCAAGCUGAUGAACGUCGAGGAAGACGAGGCUGGUCGUCUGGCGGCUUUCCGUGCCCGAUUCGGCCGCAGCUAUGAUGCCAGCGCGGCGCCUGCUGCGGCAGCGGAAGAGGAGGUGGCUAAGGACUCUCUUGCGGCUAAGGACCCUGCUCUUGCGAAGCGGGCCGAGGCCGAGGCGAAGGCUGCUGCUAAGGCGGAGCAGGAGGAGGAGGAUAACUUGCUUGAUUUGAUUAGUGCUUUCGGGCAGAAUGAGGCGCCGCCUCCGCCUGAGAAGAAGGUUCCUAAGUUCACUAAGAAAUAG